CCUCUUCUUCAAAUCAAAUUUCCAGCUGUUCUAUAUCUUAUCACCUUACCCAAAAAAUCUCUUCUAUAUCUUCUCUAAAUGUCUGGUGUUUGGGUAUUCAAAAACGGCGUCGUUCGUCUCGAAAACCCGGGGACGGAAUCCAUGGAAAGAUCAGGCCAAAAAAAGAUGCUUGUUCACGUACCAAGUAAUGAAGUUAUAACUAAUUAUGGUGUUCUUGAAAGCAAAUUAAUGGAGUUAGGAUGGGAACGUUAUUAUGAUGAUCCUGAUCUUCUUCAAUUCCAUAAACGUUCUACUGUUCAUUUGAUUUCUUUGCCUAAGGAAUUUCGUAAAUUUAAGUCCAUGCAUAUGUACGAUAUUGUUGUCAAGAAUCGUAACAUGUUUGAAGUACGGGACAUGUAGUAAUUAAUUAUGUUUUUAGAUCGUCGUGGCGUGUUCUGUCGUGUCUUUUGUUUUCGUUUAUAGGUGUUCUCGAGUUGGUGGUCUCACUUGUCGCAAUUUGAUUUUUAACUCCUUUGAUAUGAGUGUGGUUUGUUG